AUGGAUCCAUCACCUGUUGUUGAAGAUCAACCAGGCACAUUGGACCUGGACCUCACCUUGGACUCAGAUCAAGAUUAUGAUGAAUGUGUAUACUACCAUGAAGGAAGUGAUCUGUACGCAGAAGAUGUCGAUGGUCAGAUGGCGGUACUGCUGGAAGUGCCUAUGACGACGGAAGAUGGGAAGAUCGAAGAUAUUCAGCUAUGCGGAUCUGAUAAUCAGACCCCAGCAGAAAUUGAUCGACUUCGCCAAAGGAUCGGGAAGUUCCGGCAUCUCUUGAUCGGCAAAGGAAAUGCCCUCCCGCCGGCGGCGAGAGGUGUGGUGUGCGAUAUCGACGUCGGGGGAGUGAGGCCUAUCGCCCUGAAGUGUCGUAAGUUGCGGAUUCAGUUCAGGGAGAAGCUGGCAGACUUGAUCAAAGGCCUACUCUUAACUCAGCUGACGAUCUACCCAAUGCCCUUGAUCAACGACCUACUUGAAGAUCUGGAGUCGACACUUUGGUACUGUUCCUUGGAUAUGGCGAGCGGAUUUUGGGUAGUGAAGAUGACGGAUCGAGCUCGGUUGAUCUCGGCUUUUAUUACUCCCUUUGGGCUAUUUGAGUGGAACCGAAUGCCUUUCGGUUUGAAGAAUGCGCCACAGGUCUACCAACGUAUGAUCGACAACGCGCUAUAUGGAUUCAUCCGGAUCCCG